UAUAUAAGACACAUUAUAAAUUUCUCCAUAUUUGCAAGUUUCCUAACAGAACAUUCAACAACAAGAAUCAUAUCACAAACAAUUAGUUGUACACAAUUUUCAAGAAUAAUACAACUUUCAUCUUAUAUCAACUUUCAAGAAUGCUUUCUAAUACAAACAUUCUUUCUUUUUUCUUCUUCAUAAUCUUUUUAUUUUCUCCAAUAAUUAUAAUUACAGCAAAGUUUAAUAAUCUUACACUUCUUCAUCAACAUCCUUUUCCUGAAUCCGUUGUUCAAGAUGUGAACAGGAGGGUGAAUGAAUCCAUAUCAAGGCGGCAAGUAUUUGAUACAACAGUAACAAAUUACCAAUGUCUAACGGGCAAUCCGAUAGACGACUGCUGGCGAUGUGACCCGAACUGGGUGAACAACCGCCAGCAGUUGGCGGAUUGCGCCAUUGGGUUUGGUCACGGUGCAGUCGGAGGGAAAGGUGGCCGAUACUACUUGGUCAGCGAUCCCUCUGACUUUGACACGGUGAACCCUACCCCUGGAACCCUGAGGCAUGCGGUGAUCCAAGAGGAGCCCCUUUGGAUCACCUUUGCCGGUGACAUGAUCAUAACGCUCAGACACGAGCUUAUGAUCAACAAUUACAAGACCAUAGACGGACGCGGUGCGAACGUCCACGUCACGGGUGGUGGAUGUAUGACAUUACAGUAUGUUACCAAUGUGAUUAUACAUAAUAUACAUGUAUACAAUUGUGUUCCAUCUGGGAAUAGUAACAUUAGACAAAGUACAACACAAGUUGGUUGGAGAGGAAUGUCUGAUGGUGAUGGAAUUUCGAUAUACAGUUCGAGAAAUAUUUGGAUUGAUCAUUGUGCAUUGUCACAUUGUACUGAUGGUUUAAUUGAUGCUAUCAUGGGAUCAACUGCUAUUACUAUUUCGAAUAACUACUUCACCCACCAUGACAAAGUUAUGCUAUUGGGGCACGACGAUCGAUACGAAGCAGAUAUUGGAAUGCAGGUGACAAUAGCAUUUAAUCAUUUUGGAGAAGGAUUAGUACAAAGAAUGCCAAGAUGUAGAAGAGGAUAUAUACAUGUAGUGAACAAUGAUUUUACAGAAUGGCAAAUGUAUGCAAUUGGUGGAAGUGCUAAUCCAACUAUUAAUAGUCAAGGCAAUCGUUUUACUGCACCUCAAGAUCCAAAUGCCAAAGAGGUUACGAAGCGCGUGGACGUGGACGAGAGAGAUUGGACAAAUUGGAACUGGAGGACAGAAGGAGAUGAAAUGGUAAAUGGAGCAUACUUUGUUCCUUCAGGUGAUGGACUUGGCAACCAAUAUAUCAUGGCAUCAAGCAUGGAGCCUAAAUCUGCAUUUCUCAUUGAUCAACUCACUAUGAAUGCUGGUGUCACUGGUGUCCCCAGGGAUACCACUGUGGCCAUGUCAUAUGGUGGAAGAACCAGAACCACCAUUGCAGCCAACCGGACCAGCAGUAUUAGACCGGUUAAGUCCCACGAAGGAGAUGGCGACUUCUUAGAAAAGGUAUUUGGGAGCGUUGCAUCGGCAGGAACAUCAUCAUCAUCACCUUCAAGUUCAACCACCCCCAUCUUAAUGUCUCUUCUAAUUCUGUAUGUUCUCACCAACAAUGCUAGGCUAUUAACAUUGCCAUUCUUAGUCAUACUAUAGUAUUCAAUAGAGAAUGAUUGUUAUAACAAAGAAUGUAAAGGGCAGCCCGGUGCACUAAAGCUACCGCUACGCGCGGUGUCCGGGGAAGGGCCCCACUACAGAAUGUACUUAAGAAAAUUUUCUACUUCACAGAAUCAGCAUCAAGGAUUCCCACUUCUUGUACAUAGUUAAUUGUAUAGCAAUAUCAAGAGGGAUUAUACCCUCUUUCGAAGUUGUAUCAUCAACACUUUAUUGGUUUCCUA